AACUUGAGGAUGGGCAGAAAAACAAAGAAGUCCAAAUCUUAAUAGCAAAGCAAAACGGCGCAGUAUUAACAGGCCUAAUUUCCGAUCCCUAAUUUCCAUUUUAAACCGCGGAAAAACAAAAGGAAAUUUUCUUCGAUAUUUCGUAGCACGAGUAUUGUAUUGAAAUCCGUUAAUUUCUAUAGAACCUGCAACCUGCGAACAACAUUCAAAGCAGCUGAAUUGCAGUACGUGAUUGAAUUGUAAUUCUCGAAAUGGAUCUGAAUCCACCUGCAGGGGAGAAUUAUGCUAAUCCACAGAUAUGCUUCUUCCAUGUCAUCUUCAAGUCUGCAGCGUUGGCAUUUUAUAUGCUUUCAGCAUUCUUUGUUGAUAGUUUUGUCAUCAUUUUUGUGGUUACUGUUCUCCUAUCUGCACUUGAUUUUUGGGUUGUCAAGAAUGUAAGUGGACGCAUCUUGGUGGGUUUAAGGUGGUGGAAUGAAAUAAAUGAAGAUGGUGAAAGUGUAUGGAAAUUUGAAUGCCUUGACCAAGAGUCACUUGCACGGAUGAACAAGAAGGAUUCAUGGCUGUUCUGGUGGACCUUAUACCUUACAGCAGUUGUGUGGAUCUUCUUUGGGAUAUUCUCUCUCAUAAGGUUUCAAGCUGAUUAUAUUCUAGUUGUUGGGGUAUGUUUGAUCCUCAGCAUCGCUAACAUUGUUGGCUUUACUAAAUGCCGAAAAGAUGCCAAGAAACAACUUCAAGCAUUUGCAACCCAGAACCUUACUUCUCGGCUAUCGUCUACCAUUCAAUCAGCAUUCACCGUUAUAUGAACAAUUCGAUAAGGUAAGAUUGAGAAAAGAGCUUCUGAGAGCCUUAAGAAUUCGUGCAGUGAUAUAGAAUUGUUGAUUUUGCAUGCGUUCCAUGUAAUUUUUUAAUCAGAAAGCCUUGUACGCGAUCUAUACUGGAGAACCUCAUUCAUGGACAUUUUGGGAAUUCAAUUGUUUGAUUCUGUUAAAUUUUUGGCAUUUGUUCUUACAAUGCUUGUGA